AUGUCGGAACAUGAAGAGGCAAUGUUGCAAAAGUCAAAGACAAUUGGAAUAAUAGGUCUUGGGGAUAUGGGUCUUCUUUAUGCCAGGAGAUUCAGUGAAGCUGGUUGGAAAGUAAUUGGUUGUGAUCGUGAAGAACAAUAUGACUACUUGAGUCAAACAUACAAAGAUGAGAAGUUUACUGUUAAAAAGAAUGGCCAUUUCGUAUCACGAGAAGCUGAUUAUAUAAUAUACAGUGUAGAGGCUGAGAAUAUUGACAAAAUUGUCUCCUUAUAUGGACCCUCAACCAAAUAUGGAGCUAUAGUUGGUGGUCAAACAUCUUGCAAAUCACCCGAAAUAGCUGCAUUUGAGAGACACUUGCCAUCAGACAACAGCAUUAUCUCCUUACAUUCACUACAUGGUCCCAAAGUGGAUACCACUGGUCAACCAUUGGUGAUGAUCCCACACAGAACCGAUGAAGCUGCUUUGCAUUUUGUAAAGAGUCUAGUUUCCUGUCUUAAAUCAAAAGUGGUUACGUUAACAGCUAAGGAGCACGAUCGAAUUACUGCAGAUACUCAAGCAGUGACACAUGCUGCCUUUUUGUCCAUGGGUGUUGCUUGGAAAUCUUGUAAUCAAUAUCCUUGGGAAACACCCAAAUGGAUUGGUGGUCUUGAAAAUGCCAAAAUCAACAUCUCACUUCGAAUUUUUGCAAACAAGUGGCACGUUUAUGCCGGUUUAGCCAUCACAAACCCAUCAGCUCAUGAUCAAGUUUUGCAAUACUCAAAAUCCACCACUGAGCUAUUUACGUUGAUGAUACAGGGUAAAAAAACUGAGUUGAAUGAUCGAUUGCAAAAAGUGAAGCAGUUUGUAUUCAAGCACAUCACCAAUCACGAUCUUUUAUUGGACGACAAUAUCUUGGAAAAAUUCUCCUUGAAUAAGACACCACCCGAGGGGAAACAACCUAAUUCCCAUCUUUCUUUGUUGGCAAUUGCUGAUAGUUGGUACAACUUGGGAAUUGUGCCAUACGACCACAUAAUUUGUUCAACUCCGUUGUUCAGGAUAUUCCUUGGUGUGACAGAAUACGUGUUCUGUACACCGGGGCUUCUAGAGGAAAGUAUAGAGGUUGCUGCCACCAAUACAUCGUUUAGACAAGAUGAUUUGCAUUUCACCCUUGCUGCCGAAACAUGGGCCAAAAUAAUCAAGUUUGGAAAUUUUUCCCUCUACAAGGAUGAGUUUGAAAAAACCCAGGCAUUUUUCCAACCCAUGUUUCAAGAGGCUAACGCAAUCGGUAACGAGAUGAUCAAAACCAUCUUGGAAAGAGUUAAACAAAGGGAGGAUCAGAACUAA